CUCUCGAUGUCCAACUGGAGUACGGACUGUGACAGAAAGACAGAGAGAAGAAAUGGAGAGCUGAGCUGACUCCGCCGAGCUGAGGCGAUUCCGUUCAAUUCAAUCAAGGAACUUUGUUGGGGGCGCUCGUCGGCCGAUUCUGUCGGGCGUUCCAAUGGCGGAGGAGGAGGACAACCUGAGCUGCGAGAGCAGCGAUUGCACGUCCGAGGACGAGGGGACCGAGGACUACCGCCGCGGUGGCUACCACGCCGUCAGGAUCGGCGACUCCUUCAAGAACGGCCGCUACGUCGUGCAGAGCAAGCUCGGGUGGGGCCACUUCUCCACCGUCUGGCUCGCCUGGGACACUCACCGAUCGCAAUAUGUAGCUCUGAAGGUGCAAAAGAGUGCUCAACACUACACCGAGGCAGCCAUGGAUGAGAUAACCAUCUUGCAGCAGAUUGCUGGGGGAGACCCAGAUGAUAAAAAGUGCGUAGUGAAGCUGUUAGAUCAUUUUAAGCAUUCGGGUCCAAAUGGGCAGCAUGUUUGCAUGGUUUUUGAAUAUUUGGGAGAUAACCUUUUAAGUCUUAUUAAGUAUACCGAUUAUCAUGGUCUUCCAAUUCACAUGGUGAAGGAAAUUUGUGUUCACAUAUUGGUGGGUUUGGAUUAUUUGCACCGGCAGCUCUCCAUCAUACACACUGACUUAAAGCCGGAGAAUAUUUUGUUAUUGUCCAUGAUAGACCCGUGCAAGGACCCAAGAAAGUCUGGAGUUCCUCUGGUUCUUCCCAAUAGUAAGGAAAAAACUAUUUCAGAAUCUCGGGUUGGCAAAGGCAUUAGAAGCUCAAUUGGGAAUUUGAUGAAAAACGAAAAGAAGACGAUCAGGGAACAGGCUAAACGAGCGGCUCAAGGGUGCGCGGAGAAAGAGGUUAUUGUGGAUGCUGAAUCUGUACCUGGAACUUCUGGGGCGGUUGAUUCUUGCUCCUCCACAAAACCAAAGGUUGGCACUCUUGAAGAUCAACCUGCCAGUUUUGCCAAUGCUGAUAGAUUAUCAGAUGCUGAUGGAACAAAGGGGUCUGGCCAAGUUAAUAAGAGGGGUAAUCGCUCUACUAGGAAGAAGUUGGUUGCAUCCCUUGACAGUAAGUGCAAGUUGGUUGACUUUGGUAAUGCAUGUUGGACAUACAAACAGUUUACAAAUGACAUCCAAACGAGGCAGUAUAGAUGUCCAGAGGUCAUCCUUGGUUCUAAGUACUCUACUUCAGCAGAUCUUUGGUCUUUCGCAUGCAUUUGCUUUGAGCUUGCUACUGGUGAUGUACUCUUCGAUCCUCAUAGUGGAGCUAACUUUGACAGGGAUGAGGACCACCUAGCACUGAUGAUGGAGCUCCUAGGAAUGAUGCCACGUAAGAUUGCAUUAGGUGGAAGCUAUUCGCGGGACUUCUUUAACAGAUACGGUGAUUUAAGACACAUAAGAAGAUUGCGGUUCUGGCCUCUGAAUAAAGUUCUUAUGGAGAAAUACGAAUUCAGUGAGAAAGAUGCAAAUGACAUGAGUGAUUUUAUAGUCCCUAUACUCGACUUUGUGCCUGAGAAGCGGCCAACUGCAGCACAAUGCCUUCUCCAUCCAUGGAUCAAUGCAGGCCCUCAUUUACUGGAGCCUUCUGCGUGUGCAAAUACAAGUGCAGCUGCUGACUCCAUGACCUCUGAGAAAAGUAAAAGAGAGAAGGAUGAGAGGGAGGCCUUAGAAGUUGGCUUGGGGAAGAUUGCCAUCAGUACAGACUCUUGUUCCAUAAAAGAUGUCCCGUCUGCUUCCAAACCCUCUGAGGCAGCUGCAAGCAGUACACCAAGGUAGGAUCUUCUUUCGGGAGCAACCUGUCUUUUGUCGCAUUAUAAUUUGUGGUACAGUGGGUUCGUGCAAAGUGAAUAUCGUUACCUGCAUCUGAUUAUUGAGUGACUCUCACUAGAAUGGAUAUGCUGGAGAUCUGUUCUAAUGUGCGUUUGAUGGCGGGCUUAGUGACAGAAAUGUUAAGAUCAUGAUAUUCAACAAGCUCUUUUGCGGGCAGAAUGAAAAAUAUCCGCCUAUUACUCAUGAGUGAGGAGGAUAGCUUCUGCUAACCACUGACUAUUAUUGAACCUUCCUAUAUCAGUUUGAUUUAUGUACUUCACACAAUUCGUGAUAUUGAACCAAUUUAUGAGUUAAUUCUUGAGAAAUUCAUUGGUCUUUUGUUGCUUCUG